AUGCAAACCCUCUCUUCAGAGGAACGCGCCCUCAACAUCGCCCUUCGAGACCUCCCUGAACUCCACGGUAACCGCUAUACUCACGCCGCCAAGUGCGAACUGCGCCAGAUCCUCUUCCGCUCCAUCGCCCGCCAUCGUGAUGACUACCUUCGCCUUCUCUUUCCCAACGGUCCACCUACCGACCGCUCAGAAGAGUGGUGUCUCAAAUCCGCCCAGGGAGCAAUAGAUGGCGCGGAAUACACUGCUGCAGCGAAAGGCACAGCCUGCGGGCACAUCUUCAAGACGGGCGAAAGCACAUAUCACUGCAAGACGUGCGCCGCAGACGAUACUUGCGUCCUUUGCGCGCGAUGCUUCAACGCGAGCGAUCACGAGGGCCAUCAGGUGUUUGUUAGCGUGAGUCCGGGAAACAGCGGGUGCUGCGAUUGUGGGGACCACGAGGCGUGGAGGAGGGAGGUGCCAUGCACGAUUCACACGGCCGAUGCAGCACCUCAGCCGCAGCAGCAACAGCAUAACGGGAAAGAGAAAGCUUCAGCCGGUGGUGUGGGAUCAGAUCUACCUGUGGACUUGGUCGAGGCCAUCCGUAUGACCGUUGCCAGGACGAUCGACUACUUGUGUGAUGUCUUCUCCUGCUCCCCCGAGCAGAUGAGAUUGACCAAGACGGAGGCGAGCAUACGAAAAGAUGAGGAAGAGUCACGUCUAUCCACGAUUUACGGGGACGAAGUUGUACCAGACCAGAUCGAAUAUGCACUCCUCCUCUGGAAUGACGAGAAGCAUACCGUCUACGAUGUCCAGAACCAGGUCGCCCGAGCCUGCUCGAGGACCAAGAAAUUCGGCCUCGAGAAAGCGAUGGAGGUGGACAGUGUCGGUCGAUCUGUGAUCGAGUACUCCACGGAUUUGAGGCUGUUGCUGCGCAUGGCAGAAGUCAUCGAGCAACUGAAAGUCACCGUGACGAUCCGUUCCUCGCGAGAUACAUUCCGUGAGUACAUGUGUGAGACCAUCGUCGACUGGAUUGGAGAUAUCGCCGGCUGCUCGGUGGGCACUGACGCCCACAUCCUGCGAAACGUGGUGUGCGAGGAGAUGCUGAAGCCUUGGAGGAAGGGCAGUCAGGCGUCAAACGCGGACAUUGGAAAAGCUGGCAUAGACGACCACGAGAUGGAGGAUAAUGCAAAGUCGCGAGAGCGAUGGCGCAGAUUCAUCCAACCUUUCCGCGUUGGCCCUGAUACGGUCGAUGCCAUCGUCUUCCAAGCAACUGCCCCUCUCGAUGAGGACGAUAUCGCUGUGGAACUCGCCGCAAACGAUGAUGACGACGAGAUGAUGAUCAUGGAAGACGAUGAAAUGGAUGUCGAGGUCGAAGAUCUCCGAGGCGCGGCAAACACGGCGAUGGCGGCGACGGUGGCGGCUGUCAACGAUGCAGACAUGGAGAUUGAUAUUCUCGAUGAGACGGAGGAUGUGACCGAGGCCUUUGAAGCGACGCUCGCGGGCUACCCCACCCCACCUCCGCCACCGACUGGCACGACACGGAGAACACGUUCGACGAGACAAAUCUUCACUCCCACAGAAAGUGAGGAAGGGGGUGAUGCACCAUCGGCGGUACUUCACAAUGUGACUGAUGCGCCGUAUGGCACCAUCCCGCGGACCCCCAGCAAAUUCAGAAGCCAGGUCCGAAAACCCCCAAAGCCAAGCAAACAUUGGCUGGAGAAGCCCGAAGGGUUCAGAGACACCAAACCUAUCGAACCAUGCGAAGAUCUAUGGCAGCGCGUAAAGCUGGACUAUCUGAUCUUGUACGAUCUACGGCUUUGGAAGACCUUGCGCAUCCACCUCCGACACCUCUACAUCACCACUGUGGUCACCAUCCCUCGUUUCAAGCGGAUCUUGGGGUUGCGCUUUGCUGGUUUGUACACUGCCCUCGCGCAGCUCUACCUCAUCGCCGACCGGGAGCCAGAUCAUAGUAUCAUCAACUUGAGCGUGCAGAUGCUGACCACGCCAAGCAUCACGCAGGAGGUUGUGGAGCGCGGCAACUUCCUCUCAAACCUCAUGGCCAUUCUCUACACUUUUCUCACCACGCGACAAGUCGGGUUCCCCGAAGAUGUGUCUCCUCGCGCAACUCUCGCUUUCGAUGCGGGUGCUGUGACUAAUAGACGCAUGUUCCACUUCUUCCUCGACCUACGCUGGCUCUUCCAGUCCGACUUCAUCCUGUCCCGCAUACGAAACGAGCAGCGAUAUCUCCUACAAUUCUUGGAUCUCGUCAAACUGCACCAAGGUGUCUGUCCAAACGUGCGUGCCACCAGCGAGCACGUUGAAUAUGAGUCCGAUGCCUGGAUAACGGCCAGCAUGAUUGUGAAGGAGAUCAACAAGCUUUGCAAGCAGGUUGGACUGGCGUUUGAGCCGCAGUCUGGUGCUUUGGAUGGAAACAUGCAUUUGCAGCGAGCCAUUCGAACCGUGGCCCAGGUUGUGCUGAUCAAUUCUUACGGAUGCGAGAGGAAACGGUUUCAUGCCGCUGAAGUGAAGGAAGAGCUCACUUGGCACGCCGUCGGACCAUUCGACCACACCGAUAAAAUCUUCAAGGUUCCUAGAAGCGUUGUACAGACGACGCCUUUGAGCUUCCACCAUCCGCUGCACUACCUCCUCUCGUGGCUGAUCGAGCAUGCGAAGGGUAUGAGCCGACAGGAGCUCCGAUCUCUUCUGCAAUUCACACCCGACGAUCUCAAAGAUCCAUGGAACAUCAAUCGUCCGCAGACUCUGCCUUAUCACGUCUCGUCCGACGAGCUGCUGAGUGCAAUCUUCGACCAUUCCCUGCGUGUAUGCGUAUGGUUGGGGCAAAUGAAGGCGGGAAUGUGGGUGCGCAAUGGCAUCACUCUCCGUCACCAGGCGCACACGUACCGCAACGUUUCGCAUCGUGACGUUGGGUAUCAACGAGAUCUCCACAUGGUCCAGGCCGGAUUUGUGCUUUCUGGAUCCGACUCGGAGCGCCCCGGCGAGAGGUUCUUGGCUCAGGUCAUCGAUCGCUUUCAACUGGAGAAGUGGAUGCAAGAAGAUUACUCGGUGGUGCCUGGUUUCGAUGAACUUCAGCAGAUUGACGUCUUGGAGGACUUCUACCAUCUCUUGGUGGUGACACUUUCCGAGAGAGGCAAUCUGGUUCCUAAUGCAAAAGGACUGGACCAGAAUGACAAACUGCUGGAGCACGAUAUCGCCCACGCACUCUGUUUCAAGCCCCUCCCCUUCUCCGACAUUGCAGCGCGUGUGACGGAGAAGGUCAGCGAAUCCGACAAUUUCAAUCGGGUGCUCGAGACAAUGACGACGUAUCGUGCCCCUGAAGGGAUGAGUGAUACCGGCACGUUUGAGCUGAAGCCCGAAUUCAUCGAACUGGUCGACCCGUACUACGCCCACUUUACCCGGAAUCACCGCGAAGAAGCGGAGAGCAUCUACAAAAAGCAUGUUGCCAGCAAGUCCGGGAAGAAGGCGGAAGACAUCGUCUACGAGCCGAGUCUGCAGCCCAUCACGUCCGGUCUGUUCGAGCACCUGGCGGCGUUUACAUCCACGCCGCUGUUUGUGCAGGUCAUUGCAAGCGCUUUGAACUUUGCCGGUUCCGCACGGAGCUCGAGUACGAAGCUUCAGAGCACGCGAAUCGAAACCUUCUUACACAUGGUCCUGCACCUUGUCGUGAUUGCUACAAUCGAAGACACCGAGCACGGAGAAGGGUUUGUGAGGUUAGCUGCGCUGCCUCGAAAUGGAGCCGGCAACCAACAGCAGUCCGUGGUCUCACUCCUCGUCACUCUUUCUGGCAUUGAAGACUAUGCUUCCUGCCAUCCUACUAUUCGCCACAUCCUGCGGAAGAUGCACUUGCGGCAGUCGGAGGUUGUGGGCAACGCGCUGGGUCCUCUGGGUGCGCUCUUCGAUCGGACAGAAACCAGCUCACCUGCUUCGGUCUCUUCGGAGGACAAAGAGCGCAAGAAACAAGAAGCGCUUGCGCGACAGGCUCGAGUCAUGGCGCAGAUGAAGCAGCAACAGAACAGCUUCCUCCAAAAUCAGGGCUUGGUUGGAUUCGACGACGACUUCGACGACCUCGAUGACAUGUCUGUCACCGGCGAGCCGGAGGACAUGGAACAGAAGAAGACGUGGAGCUUCCCGACUGGCACGUGCAUCUGGUGUCAAGAGGAGACGAACGAUCAAAGGCUCUAUGGCACAUUUGCAUAUCUUGGAGAGACUCGAAUCUUACGGGCCACUCCGGUCGAGGACCAGGACUUUGUGCGCGAAGUGAUUGACACUCCCGAAAGCCUGGAUCGACCGGCGGACGAGUUGCGGCCGUUUGGCGUGGCCGGCAGGAACAAGCAAAUCGUCAACAAGGUUGCACCGGGUGGCAAGGUCGUGCAAUCCGAGAAGCAAGGUCUUUCGAAAGGCUUCCCAUGCGAUGGGCCAUGCUUCUCCGGCCCCGUUGCGACGUCGUGUGGCCAUAUCAUGCACUACAGCUGCUUCGAUCUGUACUUGCAGAACAGCCUCCGACGGCAUCAGCAACAGAUCGCCCGCAAUCAGCCGGACAACCCGCUGUUGAACGAGUUCAUCUGCCCGCUGUGUAAAGCGCUGGGAAAUACGUUCUUACCCAUCAUCUGGAAGGCCAAAGAAUGCGCACACGACCACGAACUGCACGCCGCGAAGUCAUUCGAUGACUGGUUGGGCGGCCUCGACUCCUCCUACUUGGAAGACCUGGCCCGCUCGUCGCAUUAUGUGAGCAACAUGUUUGCACCGUCGCUGGCCGCGACCCUGGGCGAGCUUUCGCUGGACUCGCCGCCGCCGUCGCAAUCCUCGCCCCAUCGCUAUCCCGUGCGCAGAUCUUCGGGAUUCUCGAGAUUCCUACCUUGGGGCCGGAGCGAGAUGCCGCGCAUGAGCGAGUUGGCCAGGUCGUACUAUCGCGUCGACGAGACGAUUUUGAAGAACAAGUUGUGGAUCGAUGGACACUAUGUCGACGGCUUGGUGAACCCCAUUCCUGCCCUCUCGCGCUCGCUGGCGUUGUCGAUCUCAGCAUUCGAAAUCGCUCAUCGUGGCGUGGGCAAUGAUAUCCUCGCCCGCUCUCUCUUGUCCGACGUACCGGAGCUGGCUCUUACGCACUUCCGCGUCCUGUCCGAAACGAUCGAGUCGUACCUGGCCGUCAGUGUCCUGCGACCGUCUCCGGUCAACUUCGUCGGACGCCAGACGUCCGUUGUGCGGGACAGGCUGAUAGCUGCGCUCCUCGGCACGCAAAACCUCGGGUCAAGCGCGGCUGAUGACGACAGGUACGACAGUCUGACCGAGCCGUGCAUUCUGUUCGCCGAGGACACGUUCUCCUUCUUCGUUGACUGGCUCACACACCUUGCGCCCAACGUUGCCGAGGCGUCGAACGUGAUGCAGUUGUGUUUGUGGGCGGAGGUGGCCAAGGUUGCUUGCGUGUAUACGAAAGUGCUGCGGGAUGGAGGCGCGCCGGCUUCUACGGUUCCUCUUGCUCCGGCUGGCGAGGCUUUCACAGCAGCGAUGCAUGCUAUUCUGCAGAUCUCGAACGAUUCGACAGGCCUUGUGCUAUCGGACGAGGAAUGCGCCAUGCUUCGUCAUAUCGUCGAGAGGUAUACGCUGACGUUCUUGCGGAAGUGCAUGCUCAUCAUGUAUGUACGCUAUGGUCUGGACUUCGAUUGUCCAUACGAGGUCGAGCCCGAGGCGUCCGAGGGCGCCAGGCUUACACAGUUGCUUCACCUUCCCACCAUCGACGAGCUCUGCACUACCUACACGUCACAAUCGGGGCCAGGGAACAGAAUACGCCAACUCACCGCCCGCUGGAUCGCCGAGCCUUCGAUUCAAUACAGUUUCGAUCGUCUCCCCAUGCUGCCGCACCCCGCGAUCUUCGAGCUGGUCGGUCUCCCCAAGGCCUACGACACGCUGAGCGAAGAAGCAAUCCGACGCAAAUGCCCCACGACCGGGCGGGAAAUCACCGACGCAGCCAUCUGCCUGCUCUGCGGGGCCAUCUUCUGCUCGCAGGCGGUGUGCUGCAUGCGCGACAAGAACAAAGGCGGCUGCUACCAGCAUAUGAGCAAGUGCGGGGGCAAGACAGGCCUGUUCAUCAACGUGCGUAAGUGCAUGGUGCUGCUGCGGCACGGCGCGGGCAACGGUAGUUUCGUCAAUGCGCCCUUCCUUGAUAAGCAUGGCGAGCCGGACCCGACGAUGCGGAGGCAUCAUCAGCUGUUUUUGAAUCAGAGGCGCUAUGACAAGUUGAUUCGCGAAGUGUGGUUGCAGCAGUUGAUUCCUACAGUCAUUUCGAGGAAACUGGAGGGGGAUGUUAACCCGGGGGGUUGGGAGACGUUGUGA